AACAAAAAAUGGGAAUAUAAACAAAAAAUCUAUAAAAAAAUAAACAAAAAAUAGUCUAUACAUUAUUUAUUAUGGGCACAGUGGCAAAUUUUGCCUUGAGAUAUUUAGUAAUAAAUGCUCAAAGAACUAUUACUCCACGGCAAUGUAUUUCACCAGCAGUGAGAGCAUUCAAAAAUUUUACAAGAGUAAAUUUAGAAACAGCUAAAAUAAGCAAUGCGAAACAAUUAUUUUUUCAAAAACCAAAUGUAGUAGUGACAUCAUGUAUUAAAUACAGCGAUAUCGGCCAAGAACAGAAAGAACCGAAAACGGAAGCGAUUAAAAAUGAAGUAAAAUUGUCAAAAUGGCAACAAUUAAAAAAAUUGUAUAAGGAAUAUUGGUAUAUAGUUGUACCUGUUCAUUUAGUAACAUCAGUUGGAUGGUAUGGUGGUUUCUAUUACUUGGCAAGUAGCGGCAUUGAUAUUAUAGGCUAUUUAGAACAUUUUGGAGUUAGUGAAUUUCUUAUUAAACCGUUAAGGGAUUCUACAAUGGGUUAUUUUGCUGUUGCGUAUGCUUUAUAUAAAAUCUUUACACCGUUAAGAUACACGGUUACAUUAGGCGGGACAACAGUAUCAAUAAAGUUUCUAAAAAAGCGUGGUUACAUUAAACCAGUACCAACUAAAACAGAAAUUAAAGAAAUAUAUCAUCAAAAGAAAGGUGAAAUACAAGAAAGUUUACGUGAAACGAAAAAAGGUCUACAGCAACGAAAACAAAAUAUAUCCGAUGAUUUAGAACAUUAUCGAACGGAAUUGAAAAGUUUAAAUCAAGCAACAAAAAUUGAUCCGAAACCGAAAUAAUAACAAAAUUUUUGUUUUAUGCGUAGAAAUAAUAU